AUUCUCCUAGACAAACUGAUCCAGAUUCUCCUAGACAAACUGAUCCAGAUUCUCCUAGACAAACUGAUCCAGAUUCUCUUGGACAAACUGAUCCAGAUCCUCCAGAACAAACUGAUCCAGAUUCUCUUGGACAAACUGAUCCAGAUAUUUUUGGACAAACUGAUCCAGAUUCUCUUGGACAAACUGAUCCAGAUUCUCUUGGACAAACCGAUCCAGAUCCUCCAGAACAAACUGAUCCAGAUUCUCUUGGACAAACUGAUCCAGAUUCUCUUGGACAAACUGAUCCAGAUUCUCCUGGACAAACCGAUCCAGAUCCUCUAGGACAAACUGAUCCAGAUUCUCCUAGACAAACUGAUCCAGAUUCUCCUAGACAAACUGAUCCAGAUUCUCCUAGACAAACUGAUCCAGAUUCUCUUGGACAAACUGAUCCAGAUCCUCCAGAACAAACUGAUCCAGAUUCUCUUGGACAAACUGAUCCAGAUUCUCUUGGACAAACCGAUCCAGAUCCUCCAGAACAAACUGAUCCAGAUUCUCUUGGACAAACUGAUCCAGAUUCUCUUGGACAAACUGAUCCAGAUUCUCUUGGACAAACCGAUCCAGAUCCUCUAGAACAAACUGAUCCAGAUUCUCCUAGACAAACUGAUCCAGAUUCUCCUAGACAAACUGAUCCAGAUUCUCUUGGACAAACUGAUCCAGAUCCUCCAGAACAAACUGAUCCAGAUUCUCUUGGACAAACUGAUCCAGAUAUUUUUGGACAAACUGAUCCAGAUUCUCUUGGACAAACUGAUCCAGAUUCUCUUGGACAAACCGAUCCAGAUCCUCCAGAACAAACUGAUCCAGAUUCUCUUGGACAAACUGAUCCAGAUUCUCCUGGACAAACUGAUCCAGAUUCUCUUGGACAAACUGAUCCAGAUUCUCUUGGACAAACCGAUCUAGAUUCUCUUGGACAAACUGAUCCAGAUUCUCUUGGACAAACUGAUCCAGAUCCUCCAGAACAAACUGAUCCAGAUUCUCUUGGACAAACUGAUCCAGAUCCUCCUGAACAAACUGAUCCAGAUCUUCCUGAACAAACUGAUCCAGAUCUUCCUGAACAAAUUGAUCCAGAUUCUUUUGGAUAAACUGAUCCAGAUCUUCCUGAACAAACUGAUCCAGAUUCUUUUGGAUAAACUGAUCCAGAUCUUCCUGAACAAACUGAUCCAGAUCUUCCUGAACAAAUUGAUCCAGAUCUUCCUGAACAAACUGAUCCAGAUCUUCCUGAACAAACUGAU